CACACGGACUUUUCCAUUAUUCCUCUGCCGAUAUCUGACGCUCAGCGCUCGCGCUGAAGACCGAACGAACCGCUGUAGGGAGCAUUUAAACGCGCGUCGCUUUAGUACUGUUCUCUGUCUUUUUAUCUAUUGCUUUAUUUAUUGUAUGCUACCUGCGCGAUUCGUCUGCAUUAUUCGUGAAUGUAAAGCUCUCGUGAGCCCAAGGACAUAGACUGAGCAUAGUGUAUGACAAGAAUAUCACCUGAGGAAUACAAUAAGGGACCGGCCGAGAGACUGCAUUAAAAGAGGAUAUUUACUGAUACGCAGGAAUACAGUGGCUUUGGUGCUGUCGAGUCACAUUUAGACAUUGCGCCGUUUAUUCCGCUAGUUUUCUCCAGUCAUAAUGCCGAGUAUACGACAGUCGUACACGGUCACUGUCCCAGAGGAGCCGCCGGCGUCAGCUUUCCCCUUCAUCAAGCAGGAUAUGCGCAGAAAAAGUCCGAUGAUGUCUCGCUCUAUGCUGGUGUCCACAUUUGUGGGUCUUCUCAUUAACCAGGCUAAGAACUCAAAGAAUGCUCAGGGUCUGGUGGGCCUCAGGAAUCUGGGAAAUACUUGUUUCAUGAACUCCAUUCUGCAGUGUCUGAGCAACACUCAUGACCUGAGGGACUACUGUCUGCGUAACACGCACCGCACUGACCUCAACAACAACUCCAGGGCCAAAGCUGCGCUGAUGGAGGAGUUUGCCAAGCUCACUCAGACUCUUUGGACAUCAGCUAGCAGUGAGGCCAUCAGCCCUUCUGACUUCAAAAUGCAGAUUCAGAAAUAUGCCCCUCGAUUUGUUGGUUACAAUCAGCAGGAUGCUCAGGAGUUCUUGCGGUUUCUGCUGGAUGGGCUUCAUAAUGAAGUAAACAGAGUAACAGUGAAACCCAGAUCCCUCAUGGAGGACUUUGAGCACCUCUCGGACGACGAAAAAGGCAAGAGAAUGUGGAACAAGUACCUGGAGAGUGAGGACAGCAAAGUAGUCGAUCUGUUUGUUGGUCAGUUGAAAAGCACUCUGACGUGUAGCGAGUGUGGCUUCUGCUCAACAGUGUUUGAUCCAUUCUGGGAUCUGUCCCUGCCUAUCGCUAAGACUUCAGGAGAAGUGAGUUUAAUAGAUUGCCUUCGACUUUUCACCAAGGAAGAUGUAUUAGAUGGGAAUGAGAGACCAACAUGCCACAGAUGUAAAACAAGACGGAAAUGCACAAAAAAAUUCACCAUUCAGAAAUUUCCAAAAAUCUUGGUGCUUCAUCUGAAGCGUUUCUCUGAGUGUCGAGUCAGAACCAGCAAACUCUCCACCUUUGUAAACUUCCCCCUCAAAGAGCUGGACCUCAGGGAAUUUGCCUCUGAUAACAGCGUAAAUGCAGUCUAUAAUCUGUAUGCUGUGUCCAAUCACACUGGUACGUCUUUGGGUGGCCAUUACACAGCAUAUUGCCGCAAUCCCUGCACAGGAGAAUGGUACACGUACAAUGACUCCAGGGUGAGCCCCAUGUCAUCCAGCCAGGUGCGCAGCAGCGAUGCAUAUGUGCUGUUCUACGAAUCUGCGACCUCUUCACGCUUGUGAUUACGCCUGAAACGGACAAGCCUUGGAUAAAAUAAUCCCUUUUGCUGUUGUUGAACUAAAUCAUGGUCAGGGUCUACAUGCUUGCAGGACCAUGGAACUUUAUCCCAGGCCUUUUAACCAAGGCCAAACACAUACUGGAACUGAAUUAUGGCCGUGGCCUAUGAAGUGGAAUGAAGCCUGGGAUGAAAGUUUAACCCAAGCCCAGAUUGAGCUUCACAGUAAGGGCUCCUCCAUCCAUCACUCCCCCUUUGAAAGAGGCUGCUGCACUGGGGAUGGAUUUAACAAACUGAAACGGACAAAGACAGAGGAACAUGAACUACUACCUCUCUUGAAUGAGCAGGACUGUGUGCGUGUGUAUUUGUGUGUGUACGAGUCAGUCUCCAGACUGAUACUGUAGGACUCUAUGCACUGUGUAACUGGAGCCGUCCGGCUCUACAGACAGUCACCACAACUCAAACAAUCCCCAUCCCUUAUUUAAUUUAUUAACAUGAGUUCAAUGUUUUACUUAAUUUCAAGCUAAUUGCUACAAAUUUAAAUAAGAGGUCAUCUUGCUGAGGGACCAUGUAGGUCAACUGUGUAAAUGAUGCUUGGAUUGCUCAGUGGAUUGUUUACUAUUUCGAACAGAUAUGCUCCUUCAAGAUAAGUCUCCGCUUUGCUUGAUUUGCUGAUUUUCAACAGAAUAUGCACAUGGGAAGGGCUUGGUUUUAUGCUAAUGCAUGACUGUGCCGCUUCCAAAAAACCCUCACCAUUACAGAGAAGAUUGUAUGACUGCCCCCUUGUGGCUGGAAGUUGUAAAACCCAAACGAAAAAUUGGACCUUUUUCACAUACCACCAGAAUGAUAGGUUUCCACCUUUUUUUUUUUACAUCAUGAAUCUAGCAAAGAGGAUGAUUCUAAUAUAACGGCUGAGCGAGUGACAACAAACAUCUUUCUCUUUUCUGACCAACAAUCUCUUUUUUUUCUCCUUUGGAAAGUCAUAGAAGUGGUAUCAUGCAUUAUUUCUUUGCAGUUGGAGCAAAUUGGAAAAUAAAAAAUAUACUUGUUGCAUUUUCUUAUUCAGAGCAUACCAAACUAUGGCUUCUGACAUGUGAAAAGGGUCCAUCUCCAGGAGAAUAUAAAGUAUUCCCUCUUUAGGUGUUUGUGGAAUUAAUAUUUUCCUCCAGGGGCAAUAUAUUUGAAAGAGGCCUUAUGUUUUUCUCAUUCUGUCAGGGACUACAAUAUUCAGUUUAAUUUGGGGAUGAGUCUUUAUCAAAUAAGAAACCACCAGGAGGGUUAUGUAUGUAUGUGUGUGUGCACCUUUAUGUAUUAUUUCUCUAUUUAUGAUGUGAAUGUUGUGAAUGUAGCUUAUCGUUGUGCUUGAACCAGGCAAUGUUUUUUCUACAGAGAGAUUUUAAGUGAGUGGUAAUUAUUUUGUGUCUGAAAUGUGACUGUAGUGUACCACAUAUCAAGAGCUCUUGGCUUUUUAAAAGAAGUGAAUAUGAAUAAAAGCAAAUGUCUACAGAAGUAA